AACUUUGCAUUUUCCGCACCGCCAAAUAAGCCAAAAACAAACGAGUGCCAGCAGUUAAGAUUCAGGUGCCUGGGUGUGAAGAUGUACGAUUGCCGCUUUGCAGAUCUCGCAGCUUGUGUCUGAAGUUGCUUGAAUUGCGUUCAGAGGUAGCAUAAUGUAAAAGUUUAUUGACUGAUCGAAAGAUGAUCUCUGGUGUGCACCGAAGUUUUAGAUCAGUUUUCAGAGCUAUGUCCUCACAUCCAGUGGUGGUUGUGUUGGGAGCAACGGGAGCAGGCAAAUCAAAGCUCGCCAUUGAAAUUGCUCAAAAGUUUAACGGGGAAAUCAUCAGCGCUGAUAGCAUGCAGGUGUACCGCGGUCUCGACAUCAUAACCAACAAAGUAACGGCAGGGGAGCAACGCGCCGUGAAGCACCACCUUCUAGACUUUCUCGACCCUCUUGAUGAUUUCUAUGUGCACGAGUUUAGGGAUCGAGCUUUGGAUAUCAUACAGCAGUUGCACAAGAGUGGAAAGUUACCAGUGAUUGUUGGGGGUACCCACUAUUAUAUAGAGAGUGUUCUUUGGAAAGUGCUUGUCGAUCCAAUAAGUGAGGGAAGUGUUGGUAGCUCAAAUUCUAAGGUCAUACCGAGUUCUAGGCCUAAUAAGUUGAAAUCGAGUGCUAAAAGUGAUCAGAGUGAUAUAGAAUUAAGCAGUGUCGUUGUGAGGCAGGCUUGUCAGCCUAGUGAAGUUCAAUUUAAAAGUGAAAGUGUUCAUGAGUCGGUUGAUUUAAAUAAUAGUGCUCGUAAGGUCUGUGAUGAGUUCUCACAAAACCAAAGUGAUGAGGCAGGCGUUCCUAUUGCUUCUCAUCGUUACGAUGGAAGCUCUAAGGCGCCUGACCCAAAUGUCAGUGAGAACAAGCGUAACGUUUCCACCCCCGAAACGGUGGACAUUUCCCCGGAAUCACCGACUACAACUCGUAGCCCUGGAGGGUUGAGAUCAGGCGCCCGCCUGCCUGGUCCCAUCAGGAAGCGUUCUCACGAGACAGAAGAAACUGAUGCGCUCUACCAAAGGCUCGUCAGAGUUGACCCUCAACGAGCGGAAGCCAUCCACCCCAACGAUCGCCGCAGAAUAAUCAGAUCCAUAGAGAUAUGGGAGAACACGGGCGUGCGUCACAGCGAGCAUUUGUUACGUCAGAAACAGAUGGAGGGCGGCAGCGUUUUGGGGGGCGGCUUGCGGUUCUCUAAUACAGUCGUGCUCUGGGUCACCUGUGAGCAGGAGGUUCUUAACAAGCGUUUAGACAACCGUGUUGAUGAGAUGCUUCAAAAAGGACUCAUCGCGGAGCUGUUGGACUUCCAUGACCAAUACAACAAGCAAAGACUGAAGUGGGAGGGAUGCGAGACGACCGUAGAUCACGUCGCAGGAGAACGUAUACCCGUCUCACAGUCCUCAGAUUUGAAGGAUACUGAGGCUCGUGAAGUCGGCAAACGUCUUCUCAGCGCGGAAUGUCAGCCAGUCUGUAAAAGGUCUAAGAGAGAACACUCAAGUGCUGACGAAGAUAGCCAAGACAAGUCAGGAGAUAAUGCAUGUGACAAUGAUCAGAACGGUGAAAUCAGCAGCACGAGUAUCAGCAAAACGCUAAACCCUCCAAAGAAAUCUUCGACCACGACGAAGCCUGUAGCGGAUUAUACGCUAGGUAUUUUCCAGAGCAUCGGAUUCAAGGAAUUCCACGAUUACCUCAUUCUACCGCCCCAAGAGAGGGAAUCCGAGAAAGGGAUGAUGCAGUACAAAAACGGCGUGGAACUGUUGAAGCUGGUGACGCGGAGGUAUGCCAGACGCCAAAUCAAGUGGAUAAAGAAUAGAUUCACGAACGUUCUCGAAAGAGAGGUGCCCCGCAUGUACGCGCUGGACACGACUAACCCGAGCGACUGGGACACGGCGGUUCACGCGCCCGCGGCAGCAAUAGUGAAGGCUCUGAUCGCUGGCGACGCACCUCCUCCCGACAUAACUCCUGUCACCACGACUCCUAAAACUAAGGAAGAAAUAAUGAGUCGGGCGACGCGGCACUCGUGCAGCGACUGCGACCGCGUCUUUAUAGGCGAGCAUCAGUGGCAGGUGCAUCUCGCCGGCAACAAGCACAAGAGAGUCAAGCAGAGGAACAAACUAAUGGCCGAAAUGAUUACAUAAACAAAACUCCUUUGAUUUAUUUCCACAAAGCAGUGAAGAUGACGAUACACGAUCGUAAAAAUAACUAGAACAUUUUGUACCAUUUGAACAAUUAAGUGAUGUUCAUUUUUAAUGUAAAUGUUGUCUAGGAACUGUUAGUAAACUGUACUAUUGUUA